AUGCCUAAAUUUGCAUUACCAGGUGAUAAAAUCUCGCAAAGAAAAGUCAAAGUCGUUAAAGGCAAAAUGAGACAACAAGAAGAGGAAGAGAAACAAGCACAUAAUUUUAAGGUACAAUCAUUUCCUAGUGAUUCGCCUGAUGUUUUGUAUGUUUUUUUAAAAAAUAGGAAACGUGAAUCACAACCACUCCAAAUCGGUUCAUUACCACUAACAGAACCUAACCCAUUUAAACUGGUCACAGACAUUAGAGGAGAAAAGUAUCAAAGAACAUUUCAGGAAACACUUACGAAAAAUAUUCAAAAAGGCAAUGAGAAUGUUAGAUUUCAUGCUACACCAACGCCACGAAAAGAUCAUAAUGACAUGGUUUUUUAUACACCCAAAAGGUUCACCAAACUACCAACAAAUCCAAUAGAAUUUGUGUUCAAGACGGAUACGCGUGUUGUUGAACGUAGGUUAUUUGAUGAGGAGAGAAAGAAACGUGAUCAACAUGAAAAUUUUAUUAAGUUAAUGAAGUUACAAGAAGAGAAGGAACGUGUUCGAAAGGAGAUACGACGUUUGCGAAAACUCACAAUUCUUAAAGCUAGACCUAUAAGAAGAUACUUUCCAAUUAGGAUCAAACCAUCAUCAAGAAAACCAACUAAACCAAUUUCACCAUUUAUUGGUGAUAAACGACGUGCUAAAAUGAAGGCUAAUAAAAAUUUAGAUUGGAAUAAAUCUGCCACUGUACCAUCCAAGAGGAGGGAGGUAAACUGUGUGGGAAUAGUUAUAUUGCGAGACAUAAGUUGUAUUACAAUCUGGUCUAUUGAAAAGAUUUGCAUUGAAUUGUCAGUAAAUCAACAAUCACCUUUUCGUCGAGUAUUUACAUACAAAACAUCAAUUCUUGGAAUAAAAAGUCCAUUGGUCAUAUCAGGCUCUAGUUUGAACCAACGUUGGAACAGAGUGUUCACACCAGGUCUUGUAUCUCAGCCACCAAAAGAGUUUUAG